UUCACUAGCAGGUAGGGGUAUGACAGACUGCUAACAACAAAGUGAAAUCUGCUGUGAAAAAACCCAGGAAAAAAUGGGAAAAGGAGAAAAAAAAGACCCCAAAGAUGUGCAAAGAAAAGAAAAAGCCAAGAUGCAACUCAAAAGAAAUAUAGGUUAUUUUGAUGGGGUAAGUUUUAUUAUAGGAUCAAUCGUUGGAGCAGGGAUCUUCGUGUCUCCUACAGGGGUGUUGAAACAUUCCUUACUCAAUAUUGGCGUUGCACUGACGAUCUGGACGGCGUCUGGGCUGGUUUCUCUGAUGGGUGCCCUCUGCUAUGCGGAGCUGGGAACUGCUCUGCCCUUCUGUGGAGGAGAGUACAGCCAUAUUAAAAGAGGCCUUGGAUCCCUACCUGCCUUCGUGUUUAUCUGGACAUCAACGUUUGCCAAGCCAGCAUCAAAUGCUGCUCGAGCCUUGCUGUUUGCUGAAUAUGCCACGCAGCCGUUCUAUGGCGUUUGCCCUGCACCAGAUGUGCUGAAGAAGUGCUUGGCCUUGGCCGUUCUCUGGUCCCUGGGGGUCUUGAAUGGCCUCAGCGUCAAAAUGUCUGCGUGGGUGCAGGCAGUUUUCACUCUGCUGAAGAUGAUGGCUUUGUCUGUGAUUGCUGUAGGUGGCAUAGUCCUCAUUGCCAGGCAAAAGGAGAGUCUGGCCAGGUUUGAGGACAUGUUUGGCUCAGAGAUCCCCAGCGCCUCACAGGUUGCCGAAGCCUUCUUCCAAGGGCUGUACGCAUAUGGUGGCUGGUGGUCCCUCAAUUAUAUGGCAGAGGAGAUGAAAAGCCCCAGCAGAAAUAUCCCCUUAACUGUGAUGACUGCUGUUCCUGCAGUAAUUGUUUUUUAUUUACUAGUGAACAUCUCAUAUCUGACUGUGCUCACACCUAAGGAAAUUGUCUCCUCAGUUGCUGUGGCAGUCACUUGGGCUGAUCGAGUGAUCCCCUCUGUUGCCUGGAUCAUUCCUCUCUCUGUUGCUGUCUCAAUAUUUGGUGCCCUCAACAGCAGCAUGUUCACACUUGGUCGAUUAAGCUAUGCUGGAAGUCAGUCGGGACAUUUACCUCUUUUAAUAUCCAUGCUUAAUGUCCAUUCCUGUACUCCAGCACCAGCCAUGAUUUUUUCAACCAUCAUUGCAUCCAUUUUCAUCAUCCCCUCUGACCUUAUGAUGUUGACAAAUUACUUUGGAUUUUCUGGCUGGCUUAUGAUUGGAUUGACUUGCACAAGCCUGAUUGUACUUCGAUACCGGGAACCUCAUCUACACCGACCAUACAAAGUGUUUUUACCAGUUCCAUUUAUGAUGGUGGCGAUGUCUUUCUUCCUAGUUCUAGCUCCCAUAAUCUGGUCUCCAAACCUGCAAUAUUUUUAUGCUUUCCUGUUCAUGCUUGGAAGUCUUAUUAUUUAUCUGCCUUUUAUACAUUUUAAAUUCCGUUUUGCAUUUCUUGAUAAAAUUACUUGCCACUUACAGCUCCUGUUAGAAGUCUGUCCUGCUGAUGGAUCUGAUGAGGGCAAAUGUGAAUAAUGGCAGACAUUUAAUCUCAGUACAACUGAGAGCCAAAAGAGGAUUUUGUUUAACAGAGACUGUAAAUAGUACAAUUUAGAUGUCGGUGUGAUAUAUAGGUGUGCAUGCGUGCAUAUACAUAUGUAGAUAUAUACACAUAUAUUGCAAAUGUGCACAUGCAUGUAUGUUUAGGCACAGAAUCACAGAAUGAACUAAAUUGGAAAAGACCUUUGAGAUCAUGAAGUCCAACCUCUGACCUAACACCUCCUCAUCCACUCAAUC